AUGUCUGGGAAGAAGGCCGAUAUCAAUGCCAUUUGGGCGCAGCUCCAGAAGUCCGCGGCGCCCAAGGCCAGAAGAGAGGCGAACCCCGCGAUUCCGACUGAAGCGCCCCACAUCGCCCCGCGCGCGCCCCCCGCCGGGUCCGCGGCGCAGCCCGCGGCGAGCGAUACUGCGAUGGCUGAACCGUCCGACGCGGCCGUGCCGGUCGUGUCCUGGGACCCCUCGACGGCCGGGAGCUCCGAGGAGGAGCGCGACAAGUACGUGGCGUCGAUGCAGCGCGACGUGAACUGCAUGUCGGACCCGGACAGGGCGACGCGCACUGGCGGGGCGCUGCGCGUCGCGGCCCGCCUCCUGGGCCGCGACACGGCGGCGGGGAAGCCCUCGCCGGCGCUCCUGCAGGCGCUCGUGUGCGGCCCGCUGCUCAAGCCGCUCGUUCGGCUCCUCGAGGACCCGGCGGAGAAGUGCAGGUCGUUGGCCCUGGAGGUGUUCCUGGAGUGUGCGCGUAACGCCCCCGAUGUGCCCGCCCUCCUGGCGCCGCUGGUGCCGGCGCUGGCGCGGCGCGCGGGCGACGUUCCCGUGCGCGAGCCCUCCGAGGAGCUGCGGCUGACGAUCCUGACCCUCGUCGCCGAGCUGCUGCCGCGCGGGGGGGGUCCGCAACACAUGUCAGGGUUCGCGUCCCAGUGGGCGAGCCUGCUGUGCCGGGGCGCGGAGGACGCCUUCCACGAGUCGAAGAAGGCCGCCUGCGCCGCCGUGCGCCUCCUCGUGGACGCGGUCGGCGCCGAGGGGGUGUCUCCGCUCCGGUCUGACCUCGCCAAGUCGGUCCUGACGUGCGUCGGGCACCAGCACCACCGCGUGCGCUCGCGCGCGGUCGACGCCCUCGACGCGCUCGUCUGCGCGUCCUGCCCCAUCGACGCCCUGCGCGAGGUCAUCGCGCCGGGCAUGGAGCCCCUCCUGUCGGACCACACCGCGUCGGUCCGACUGAGGGCCCUCCGCGCGCUGUCGGGGUGGCUCGGCUUCGUCGACGCCCCCGGCGCAGCGCCCCCAGACAUCGCGCCCGACGUACUCAGGGCGCGCAUGCCGCUCCUGCUGCCGUACGUGCUCCUCCUCGUGACGGACACCGCAGCGCCGGAGGUGGCGUCGGCGGCGCUGGCGGCCGUCGAGGGCGUCGGCGCGGUGUACUGCGCGCGCGUGCUGGCGAGCGAGAGCGAGGGCGGCGUCGCGGACGUCGAGGAGGAGGCGGAGCGCGAGGCGGCGGGGCUGGACGCGGCAGCGGCGGCGCCGCUCUUGCCGGCGCCGUUCACGGGGCUGCCGGGGCGGGACGCGGAGAGGACGGUGCGGGCGGUGCUGGACGCGGUGCUGCCGUCGACGCUGCGGCAGAUGAGGGAGUGGACCGCGGACCUGCGGGCGGGAGCGGCGCGGAAGCUGCUGGCGACGUGCACGUUCGCGCGCGGGGGGCUCGUGCGGCACCUGGCGGCGCUGGAGUCCGGGCUGGCGACGGCCGCGGGCGACGUGGACGAGGAGGUCGCGCAGAUCGCGAUCAAGGCGUCGCACGUUGUCGGGGCGAUGGUGCAGCCCAAGCACUGGCUCCCCAUCUGCCUCGACGCCGUCUCCGGCGCGCGCCUCGUACCCGGGCAGCGCGCGAGCGGCCUCGCGGUCCUCUCCGGGCACCUCCACGCCGCGCACCGCGCAGGGCGCGCGCUCGACGCGGACCUCACGCGCACGCUCGUGUCCGGGCUGUGCGCGGAGGACGUCCGCGGGUGCGAGGACGGCGCCGUGCGGCACCAGCUCGUCGCCGCCACGCACAACGCCAUCGCCGCCAUCGGCGCUGGUUGCAAGGAGGUCAGCCGCGAGCUCUUCCACGUCCUCCUGCAGAUGCGCGCGUCCGGCAGCGCGUCGGACCCGCGGCUCGUCGAGGUCGCCGGCGCAGCCACGGAGGCCCUGGCGCGGGCCUGCGAGCUGCCCGGCGCCGACGCGGUGGCGUCGCUGCACGCGCCGGGGCUCCUGCGCGACGUGUGCAAGUCCGAUGACACCUGGACGAAAUCCAGCCCGGACUUCCUCGGGUUCUGCGCGCUCCUGCGCCUGUGCCCGAGCCAGACGCUAUCCGAUCUCAUGCCAGGCAUCGCGGCCACGGCGGGGCCGCUGCUCGACCCGACGAACGAGGAGCGCGACCCCGCGAUGCGGCUCGCGCUCCUGCAGCUCCUCGAGGAGCUCAUCGACGCCGAGGCGACCGCGCCGGCCUUCGGGGGCCGCAACGCCCCCGGGGUUCUCUUGAGACUCCUCCUCCCGCCGAUGCUCUGGAAGGUCGGGAAGGUCGCCGCGGCGGUGCGCUACGCCGCCGUCGUGUGCGUCGCGACCUUCCUGCGCCGCCGCCUCGCCACGGCCGCGCAGCUCAUAGAAGUCCUCGCCGUGCCCAACGUCCUGACCAUGAUGCACGGCGUGAUGGAGGAGGACUAUUACCAGGACACGCGCCACACCGCGUGCCACCUCAUGCUGCACCUCCUCGAGUCGUGCGGCGCCGAGCUCACCUACGAGCAGCUCCGCGCGAUCUAUCCCGAGCUGAUGAAGCGCAUGGACGACUCGAACGACGGCGUGCGGUGCGCGGCGGCGGCGGCGGUGGGCGCGUUCUUCCGCACGACGCGCGCGGCGUUCGACAAGACGAACGCGGGGUACUUCGUUGCGGGGAUCCUCGUGCAUCUGGACGACCAGGACGCGGGCGUGCAGCGGGCUGUGGGCGAGGCGCUGGCGGAGGCGGCGCGCGCGCACCCGGGCGUGGUGCUCGCGGAGGUGGAGAAGGUCCGGGAGAGGUUCCGCGCGCAGAGCCAGCUCGACAAGCUCGUCGCUGUCGCGCAGGGCGCGUCUGGGUGA